AUGAUAUCGGACGUCGUCCUGCUGGUCAUCUCUCUUGGAGGCCUGGUCACGACGGUGUUUCUCGUGCUCUUCUUGACUGGAUUCUUCUCAAAACCUAAAAAAAUAGCAGAUGAAAAUCAAGCAGAAGUGCUUCGGGGUGGCGAGAGAGGAGGUCUAGCAGCACUACGGAAGCGUAAAGACAGAAAGAAACGUAACAUAGAACGAGAAGUAGCUGUUGCUCCUGUGGAUGCCGCUGUUCCGGCUCAAAAUGAAGCUGUAGAGGCUGCUAGAGACGAUGAAGGACCAUUAGAGCCGAGAGUUAUGACCAAGAGAGAGAUGCAGAAGGAGCUGAAGCGUCGAGAACGUGAAGAGCUACGUCAGUUUGAUCAGCAGCAGCGUGAAGAGCGUCAGCGGCUUGUGGAAGAGAAAGAAGUGGCAUAUCAAAAGAAACGUGAAAAGGAAGCGAAGAUUGAACAGGCAUUGGAAGCACAGGAACGGAAAUUGAAGGAGGAGAAGGAACGUAAAGACAAGGAGGAAUUUGACCAGUGGAAGGACAUGUUUACGAUUGAAGAGCAAGGCAUGAAGCUGCCAGAAAACAGUGAGGAGAGUCAGAUGCUAUUGCAGCAUUUUGUCGACUAUGUCAAGUCGCACAAGGUGGUGCUACUCGAAGACCUCGCGUCGGAGUUUAACCUGACUACACAGGAUGCUAUUGACCGUGUUGAGUCCCUGCAGAUGUCAAAUCGUCUCACGGGUAUAGUGGAUGAUCGUGGAAAGUUUAUUUACAUUACUGAGGAAGAGAUGGACAAGGUUGCCAUGUUUAUCCAGCGAUGCGGUCGACUGGGAUUUGCUGAACUAUCGAAAGAAUGCAACAAGCUGAUCCGAUUAGACGGAGAAGCUGACAAGAACACAACAAUAUCCCUGGACUGGCUUAACAGCGAAGAGGAGCCUGAGUGA